CCCCCCCCCACUCCAUCUAUCUCGUUAUCAGAUAAAGCUCCACAACCCACAACACAACACCUAUAUCCACACCAUGAGCUCUAUCACCCAGCCCAUCAACUUUCCCGCCCGCCCCUCCUUCUCUUCCUUUUCCUCUCCCUCUUCUCCCAGCUCUUCCCCAUCCCGCUCCAACUCGUACGACCUCUCCACCAGCCCGCGAGCCAGCACCUCUCCUGCGUCCCACCCCUGCCCCCACAUGAGCCAGCUCGUCCAAAGCCUGAAACAGGCCUGGGGCACAAAACAGGACAGCAGGCAGGAGAAGAGGUGGUAGAGCGUGAUGCUGUAGACAGGAUCGAGAGACGUUUCAUGUACAUAUAGGGGGAUUUAGAAACUGAAAAGAAGCCCAAACAAGAAAACACCACGUUGUACCACCACCCCAUCCAGCCAAGCGCAUACCUAUAAUGCCAUGUUUAUACCAUAUCGCAUUCCUCUCUUUCUCUCUCUCUUGUUCGAUUUAGAUGUUACAUACAAAACGAUGCAGUUGUUGUCGAGAUGCC